AUGACCGAAGCCAUUAACGCGGCCAUGGUGACACAUGCACUCUUGGUAGCUGAUGCGGCGAAGCCCUUCUUUGAGGUUCACUUGGCAUCCUUUGGUGGGGCCUAUGCAAAGUUGCUGGAGCAAUCAGAGUUUCAGUAUCAUGCGCUGUCACCUCAGUGGACCGAAGAACAAAGUAAGGCCAUCUACGCCGCAGAUCAGUUUGAGUCCUUCUCAAAUCCCUACACCGAAGUGCUACACGAGCAGAUCGCUUCUUCACUUCACUUGUAUUCAACCAUCCGGCCCAGUGCGGUCGCGGCCUUCUUCGUCUUAUCUGCCAGCAUCUCUGCGCGCAUUGCGAGACUUCCGCUCUUUGUGGAUAUGAGUAUGACGCGCGAAUAUGCCACGGAGCCCAAGGCCAUCGCGGCUUCGAUUGCAGAUGAUGGAGUGGUCACCAAAAUGGGCCUUCGGAUGACAAUGUCGCAUGUGGCAUCAUGGUUGAUGAAGCGAAUGACCUUCAUCGCUGGUCCAUUCGAAGCUGCCGCAAGGGAGUGGAACAUCACUGGGAUUCAUUUGAUUUGGGAUUUGAUGGAAGGCGACUAUACGGUGAUCUCCGAUAUUCCCUCCUGGGUUGGAGUGGAUGAGAAGAAGCUUCCUCCUCAGGUGACUUAUGUCGGGCCUUUGUAUGGCAAGCUGAAGAUGGAGAUCCCACCAGAAGUGAUGGAGCUCAGAGAGAAGGCUACCCAAGAAGGGCAGCCCCUCAUUUGGUUCGCGAUGGGCUCCUCGGGGCAACCGCCCUUGGUCUUGUCGAUCCUCCGAGAACUUCUUCGGCAACAACCGACGUGGUUCGUCAUUGCGCCGGUCCAUACGCUGUUGAAAGGUGUGGGAAUCGACAGCGCUGAUCAGCAUGCCUUGGUGGAAGCGGGGCUGGCUUCAGACAGACUCUUCAUUCCAUCAUCCUUACUUCCAUCGCACCGAGUGGAACCCCUUUGUGACGCUGCUCUGACCCAUGGUGGGCAAGGAACUGUUCACACGAGUAUGUGCUCUGGAGUGCCUUUUGUCGGUGUGGGCAUGAUGCCGGAACAGGAUCUGAAUAUCCGUUUGGCCGCUGAAAAGGGGAUGGCCCUGCAGGCCAUGAAGACGGAUCAUCCAUCUCAGGUUGCUGGAUUGAUGAAACAGCUGGUGGAAUCGAAGGAGAUGCGUGUAAAGGCAUUGAAGAUCAAAGAGCAAUGCCAAGAAUUCACGGGCGAACAUGCCUUUGUCAAUUUGAUCCGUGAAGUAACGAAAAGCUGA